ACAAAUUCGCCCAAACUUCAUAUAUAAAGCAUUAAAUAUUCUUCCUUUUUUUCCCCAUUCAUUCCUCAUUUUUUUUGUCUCCAAUUCUCCAUCGGCACAACACAAAGUUGUUUUUGGACUGAAAAAUGGGGCAGAUCCAGUAUUCUGAGAAGUAUUUUGAUGAUACCUAUGAGUACAGGCAUGUUGUUCUUCCUCCUGAUGUAGCGAAAUUGCUUCCUAAGAAUCGUCUUCUCUCUGAAAAUGAGUGGCGGGCUAUUGGAGUUCAGCAGAGCAGAGGAUGGGUGCACUAUGCUAUUCAUCGACCAGAGCCUCAUAUCAUGCUCUUCAGGAGGCCACUGAACUAUCAGCAGCAACAAGAGAACCAGGCUCAGCAAGUUCUGCUUGCCAAGUGAAGAAACAUGUCUCUCGUUUCUUUUUCCUAAUGAAUUAAAUCAUAUACAGAUAGUAACUGUUCAUUUCAUCUAGAAAUGAUAUGAUAGUUUAUGGAUGUCUAGUUAAAUGUCUGGAUUUUAAAGAUGUUAAAAGUACUGUAUUGCUUAGUUCUCUUCAUAUUGUGGAGUUUAGGUAUUGAAUUACCGUAUUCUAAACAAUCAGAUUUUAUAUCUGCGUGCUUGGAAUUGAUGCUCUAUGAAAGUGUCACUGGACCUGUUUGCUUUUCUUUA